GGCCUAAACUCGAGUCUAAAAGAUGGGGCUUCGUUGUGUCGUUUCCGGUCGCGCGACGCUGUGGGCCGCUUCCCCCUCUCCGGAGUGACCUAACACAGGAUAACGAAACCUGCAGUGCUCGAGCGCUUCCUCCUCGCCCCGUCGCGUCUGGGAGGGGAGGCCGGGAGGCGAGGGCUCUGCGCACGCGCGGCGCAGGCGCACUGGGAGCCGGUGCUGUUGCCUUCCGGUGACUACGGAUUCGCCAUCGUGAGUUCCAGGUGGGCGCGCGGGGCCCACGUAGGGCAGGAGGCCAGCCCCAAGGGGAUCGGGCCCGGGACUCUGCGGAAUCUGGAGGCCGAAGCCCGCGCUCACGCAGGGUCUCCGCUGCUUCCCCAACGCCUCUUGCGUGGCCGCAGGACCCGCCGCCCUCCCGGUUGGGCCGCCCAGUCCCGGGCCGGGCGCGUGCACCCAGAGCUUCCGCGCCUCUGGUCCGGCUCCUCUGCUGGAUUGCAGCGCCGGCUGGGCACCAGGAGUACAAAGCGAAAACCCCACGCCAGCCCGUCUGUUCUCCACGGUCUCCAAGGAGACACGGACAACAGAACAACUCUUCCGUGUGCUAAAUAGUAAAGCACUAAGGAUUUUCAAAAUGGCUGCAGCUCCUCAAGCACUGGGGCGGGGAUCUGUCCGUAAGACGAGACCUGUGGUUGUGAAGACAUCGUUGAACAACCCAUACAUCAUCCGCUGGAGUGCUCUGGAGAGUGAGGAUAUGCACUUCAUCCUAAAAACGCUUGAGGACAGGCUUAAAGCUAUUGGACUUCAGAAGAUUGAAGAUAAGAAGAAAAAGAACAAAACACCUUUUCUGAAAAAAGAAAGCAGAGAGAAAUGCGGCAUUGCUGUUGAUAUUAGUGAGAAUCUGAAGGAGAAGAAAACAGAUGCUAAGCAGCAAGUGUCAGGGUGGACACCUGCACACGUCAGGAAGCAGCUUGCCAUCGGCGUUAACGAAGUUACCAGAGCCCUGGAAAGGAGUGAACUGCUGUUAGUUCUGGUGUGUAAAUCAGUCAAGCCUGCCAUGAUCACCUCACAUUUGAUUCAGUUAAGCCUAAGCAGAACUGUCCCUGCCUGUCAGGUCCCCCGGCUCAGUGAGAGAAUCGCCCCCGUCAUUGGCUUAAAAUGUGUUCUAGCCUUGGGGUUCAAAAAGAACACCACUGACUUUGUGGACGAAGUAAGAGCCAUCAUCCCCAGAGUCCCCAGUUUAAGUGUACCAUGGCUUCAAGACAGAAUUGAAGAUUCUGGGGAAAAUUUAGAGACUGAACCUCUGGAAAGCCAAGACAGAGAGCUUUUGGACACUUCAUUUGAAGAUCUGUCAAAACCUAAGAGAAAGCUUGCUGAUGGUCGGCAGGCUUCUGUAACAUUACAACCCCUUAAAAUAAAGAAACUGAUUCCAAACCCUAAUAAGAUAAGGAAACCACCCAAAAGUAAAAAAGCUACUCCAAAGUAAUCUUGCAUAAACUUGUCAUGUCAUACAGUUUGUAAAAGGACACCUUGUAAAGAAGCCUUGAAACUAAUAAAAUGAGUUAUAUUUACAUAGA